AAUAAUAAAUAGGCCGUUUUAAAUUUCAGCAUUACUGUGCUUCCUCACACACUUCUUUCUUUUGUCUUUCGAUGUCUGUCUGUUGUCUAUGGUAAUUCUGUAAGCAAAUUAGUCACUGGAACCCUCGUGUUUACCGGGAUUUCUAUUUUAUUAAGUUUACUAAGAAUUUUAUAAUGGCAGCAAUUAGUUUAUUGAAUCCAAAAGCCGAGUUUGCGAGGGCAGCUCAAGCGCUUGCAGUGAAUAUUUCUGCAGCAAAAGGUAUUCAAGAUGUGAUGAAAACUAACCUCGGUCCUAAAGGGACAAUGAAAAUGUUAGUCUCAGGAGCUGGAGAUAUAAAGAUCACCAAAGAUGGCAACGUCCUGCUCCACGAGAUGCAGAUACAGCACCCUACAGCUUCCCUCAUUGCGCGCGCCUCCACUGCACAGGAUGAUGCUACUGGUGAUGGUACUACAUCUACUGUACUCCUUAUUGGAGAACUCCUCAAACAGGCAGAUAUUUACAUCAGUGAAGGUCUCCACCCAAGAAUCCUAACAGAAGGCUUCGACGUGGCCCGCCAGAAGGCUCUGGAGGUGCUGGAGAAGUGCAGGAUGCCUAUUGAAGUGAAGCGAGAACACUUGCUGGAUGUUGCACGCACUUCACUUAAAACUAAGGUACACCCCACCCUUGCUGAUGUGUUGACGGAUGCCUGUGUGGACGCAGUGUUGUCGAUCCGCUCUGGCGACAAGCCUGUUGACCUCCACAUGGUCGAGAUUAUGGAGAUGCAGCACAAGACUGCCACUGAAACUACACUCAUUCGAGGUCUGGUAUUGGACCAUGGCGCCCGCCACCCAGACAUGCCGAAGCGUGUAGAAAACGCGUACAUUCUAACCUGCAACGUAUCUCUCGAAUACGAGAAAACCGAGGUGAAUUCCGGUUUCUUCUACAAGUCUGCGGAAGAACGCGACAAACUUGUCGCCGCAGAGAGAGAUUUCAUCGAUCAGAGGGUUAAAAAGAUUAUUGAACUUAAGAGAAAAGUAUGCGCUGGCACCGACAAAACCUUCGUUGUCAUUAACCAGAAGGGGAUUGACCCUCUUUCCCUGGACGCUCUUGCAAAAGAAGGCAUUAUCGGUCUACGCCGCGCCAAGCGCCGCAACAUGGAACGCCUAGCCUUAGCUUGCGGAGGUUCUGCUAUGAAUUCCGUUGACGACUUAACUCCAGAUUGCCUCGGUUACGCUGGAUUAGUCUAUGAACACAUAUUAGGCGAAAACAAGUUUACUUUCGUCGAACAAUGCAAGAACCCGCAAUCCGUCACUAUUCUGAUCAAGGGUCCAAAUAAACACACCUUGUUACAAAUAAAGGAUGCCAUUCGUGACGGCUUGAGAGCUAUCAAUAACGCUAUUGAAGAUAAAUGCGUCAUCCCUGGAGCUGGUGCUUUUGAAAUAAAAGCUAAUCAGGAACUGUUAAAAUAUAAAGACACCGUUAAAGGGAAGGCCCGUCUCGGAAUUCAGGCUUACGCAGAAGCGUUAUUGAUCAUUCCUAAGACCUUAGCGAUCAACUCUGGAUAUGACGCUCAAGAUACUAUUGUAAAACUGCAGGAGGAAUCUCGCUUGAGUCCAGAUCCUGUUGGUUUGGACUUGAGUACUGGAGAAGCGAUCAAGCCGGUCGAUUUGGGUAUUAUUGAUAACUAUAUUGUGAAAAAGCAGAUACUGAAUUCGUGCUCAGUCAUUGCCAGUAACCUCCUUCUCGUUGAUGAAAUCAUGAGAGCUGGUAUGAGCAGUCUCAAAGGAUAACUUUAAUGUUUCUUCUCUUAUGUUCACAAAUAAUUUUACAUUCUUUCACCUUAACACAUAAAUAAGCAAUUACUUGCAUUAAUUAAGUUCUUUGGUCACGUAAAUAUGCGACUUCAUUUUAAACAAAUAAA